GGACCGAGCAAUUUGGAAAUGGUGUCAGGUGCCAAGGGAUCCAGGAAGUGAUAGUUGGAGCAGUUCAGAGAGUGCUGCUGCUGGGAGAGCCGCUGAAGGUUGUUCUCUUGUGAAGGACCAUGUGGAAUCCCAAUGCAGGGCAGCCAGGUGCCUUCCCUGGAGCAGCACAUCCCCCCAACCCUUCUUACCCAGGUGGCUUCAAUCCUGCAUACCCACCUCCUGUGAACCCUGCGUUCCCUCCAGGCUCUAUGCCUGUUGGCCCCUGUCCUGUUCCCCCAGUAGGGAUCCCAGGGCAACCUGCCUAUCCCUCAGGCCAUCCCAUUCAGCCCCCGUAUCCUGGUCAUCAGCCUAUCCUGCCUGGUGGUCCUUUGCCCCCACCUGUCCCUGGGAUGCCAGGAGGAAUAGGAAUCAACCCUUUGGUGCCCGGGGCUGCUGUGGGCACCCACGUGAUGGACAAGAAAGCUGCUAAAAAGAUGAAGAAGAAGAUGAAGAAGGCACACAAGAUGCAUAAACCACACAAACACCAUGGAAAGCAUUCCUCCUCCUCUUCAUCCUCUUCCAGCAGCAGUGACUGAGUGGUGUGUCUCCCUACUUUCCAGCUGCAUCCAUUUCCGCCAUGGCUGAUCCUUGCACUGUUCUUCCUGCAUUCAUAGAAAAUUAACUAGAUUGGUUACUACCCCGGUAGAUAAAAAUGACAUCUGCUUGCUUUUUGUCUGCCCUCCAAGAUGGCCAGGCAUCAAGCUUAUCCAUAGGGCUGGUGCUGUUGAUUAACCAGCCUGCUGUGAUUGACUGUUUGGUGGGAGGGCGACACCAUUAUUGGGCUCCAAAGCAGUACAUCUGCAGCUGUUGGCGAUUGUGAUUACAUUUCUGCAGCCAAUCAAAUACUGUCCUGGCGCUCCAAAUGUUUUAUUGGGAACCAAUCAAACGAUUAUUUUGAGGUUGGUUGGGAGGUCCAAAACUACCUAAGUGCUUUUAAAAAUUAUCAAUCAUUCACGUAUCACAUAUCAAGUAAUUCUUUGAAUGUUCAUGUAGUCGUGCCUGAGAAAAGGACAAAACGGGAGAUUGCUCAAUAUUAUAACUGCAUUUGGAAAGUGUUGCUUAUUUAAUAUAAACUAGAAUAAUCUACUUUUAAAAGAUCACAAAAUAUGCUGAAUCAGGGAUAAUGGCAUAACUGUAUGCAUGUAGAAAUUUAUUGUGAGAUUCCCUUCUCUCUGUCUCUCAGAAAUAAACAUACAUUCAUGUAUUUAUGGUAUAUUUUAGAAAAUUUCUCCAGCCUACAAACAUUUUGGUGGCUCUUGGUUUGCUUCGUUGAAAUACUUGGUUCAUGGCAGCAGUCUUAGUUUGCUUGAAGUUUGUAUUUAAUUUGUGAUAGUAACUUAGUAAAUUGCUCCAAUGUACUGAAAGAUCAUACUACAUAUAUAUUGCAUAAUGUGUUCCAAAUUUCUGCAUCUGGAAGAAGCAUUUUCUCAUUCGUCAGUUCAACAUUGCUGAUGCCCCAUUUAAACUGACUGCUUAUAUAAUACUGAGAUGUGUUUCUAAAAUGAAAGGAGAAGAUUGCAGUUAGCCAGUUUUUAAAGAGAAACAACCACAAUCACAUCAUUAUCUAGCAUGGCACAAUUUUGAGAUCUGCAUUGGACUUCCAAUAACCUUGGGUGGGGAUUCAAAAGCCCCUCCAGAAUUACCCACCAAAGUACUGCAUUUAAUGGGACAAAAAAUACGUAAAAUAUAUUGGAAGUAACUGUAGUAAUUAUGUUAAUAAUCAGGUUUAAGUAAAGGGAUUAGUAUGUAAAU